UUAUAUUUUUAUUCGUUACGAAUAAAAAAUGGUCGUGAGACAAUAUAACGAGGAAUUACAAUACUUGGAACAAAUAAAUAACACAUGUUGGAGAAUAAAGAAGGGUUUUCAACCUAACAUGAAGGUUGAAGGUGUUUUUUACGUGAAUAAUACGUUGAAACGUUUAAUGUUUGACGAAUUAAAAAAUGCAUGUAGACCAGGAACAGUAGGAGGUUUUCUCCCAGGUAUGAAACAAAUUGCCAAUGUAGCUGCUCUUCCUGGAAUUGUAUGGAGAUCUGUUGGAUUGCCUGAUGUACAUUCAGGAUAUGGUUUUGCCAUUGGUAAUAUGGCAGCAUUUGAUAUGAACGAUCCAAAAUCCAUAGUAUCACCAGGUGGUGUAGGAUUUGAUAUAAAUUGUGGAGUUCGUUUGUUAAGAACAAAUUUAUUUGAAGAGGAUGUUUUACCUGUAAAGGAGCAACUUGCUCAGAGCAUGUUCGAUCAUAUUCCUGUUGGUGUUGGUUCAAAAGGAAUCAUACCAAUGACUGCACAUGAUUUAGAAGAAGCUUUAGAAAUGGGAAUGGACUGGUCCCUCAGGGAAGGUUAUGUCUGGGCAGAGGACAAGGAACAUUGCGAAGAGUACGGUAGAAUGCUUAAUGCAGAUUCCUCAAAAGUAUCAAUGAGGGCCAAGAAACGUGGGCUUCCACAGUUGGGAACUUUGGGUGCAGGAAAUCAUUAUGCUGAGAUUCAAGUAGUAGAUGAAAUCUAUGACAAAUGGGCUGCAUAUAAAAUGGGUAUUGAAGAGAAAGGCCAAGUGUGUAUUAUGAUUCACUCUGGUAGCAGAGGUUUUGGACAUCAAGUUGCAACUGACGCGCUGGUACAAAUGGAGAAAGCUAUGAAACGAGACAAUAUCGAAACUAACGAUAGGCAAUUAGCUUGUGCUCACAUUAAAUCUCAAGAAGGUCAAGAUUAUUUGAAAUCAAUGGCAGCGGCCGCUAACUUUGCAUGGGUUAAUAGGAAUUCUAUGACGUUUCUUAGUCGGCAAGCAUUUGCAAAACAGUUCAAACUAGCUCCUGACGAUUUAGACAUGCACGUUAUUUACGAUGUUUCUCAUAAUAUUGCAAAGAUAGAGGAACAUGUGGUUGAUGGUAAACAGAAAACCCUUCUGGUUCAUAGAAAGGGAUCAACUAGAGCAUUUCCACCUCACCAUCCUUUGAUUCCUGUAGAUUAUCAAUUAACAGGUCAACCAGUUUUAAUUGGUGGUACUAUGGGUACUUGUAGUUACGUUCUUACUGGAACUGAAGAAGGUAUGAAGGAAACAUUUGGAUCCACUUGUCAUGGAGCAGGUCGAGCAUUAUCUAGAGCCAAAUCACGGAGAAACUUGGAUUAUACGGCCGUACUGGAUAAACUACAACAACAAGGAAUAUCGAUUAGAGUCGCUUCACCUAAGUUAGUAAUGGAAGAAGCGCCAGAGUCUUACAAAAAUGUAACGGAUGUUGUAGAUACGUGCCAUGAGGCGGGCAUUUCCAAGAAAUGUAUAAAAUUAAGACCGAUCGCGGUUAUUAAAGGAUAA